AUGAACCACAAGAGCGAAGCAUCUGAGUUGUUGAACCCGAACUAUACGCACAUGCAGCCUGCUCUACAGAAAAAUCGCAAUGGCGACCCGUAUUCCGAGCCAAGACAUACUACAAUGACGAAAAUGAGCGAUCAGAAAAUGGUCAAAGCAUUCGGCUUUCGAUUUCAGAACCAAACCAGGACAGUACUCAAGAACUCUCACUCUCAUAGUACACAGGAGGUGUCCAAUACGAGCGAGAUCGAGACUUACACUUUCGGACACAGCAGCUUUUCCUACAGGAUAGAACUGCAUUGGUCCAUGAGCACGUUGAGUCCUAUGGUCUAUGCCCUCGCUGUCCGCCAUGCGCUACCUGCAGAUAAAGACAUAAAGCUAGUGGAUAAGAUGUUGAGAAUUAUGUCCUAUGGAGACUUGCCAGCACUGCAAGACUUACUGUCCACCAGAACAAUCACCCUAGGCAUCAUGCUUGGGGAUAGGACGCUCUUUGAGUCGGCAGCCGUUUGCAGCCAGCCGUCUCUUUGCCGCUUCCUCGCCCAACAAAAUCUUGAGUUAUGCCUAGAUGAGAAGCCGGAUCACUGGGCCGGGUUGAUGGUUGAUACAUCUUCUAAUAACCGGCGCCGUCUUUUUGAAACGGAUGAAAUUGUCCAACUUACACAAGUACCCAGGCUUAUGAGAUUUAGGCCACUGGCCAGCUGCAUUUAUGAUCUAGAGUCUCUGGUUGUCUUCUACAAUCGGUGCAGAGUGCCGGCCCUGGAUGAAAUGGAGAAAAAUGCUUUCCUCAAUGCUGUCUGGGACAUGGCAGUUUACCUUUUGCUCGCCCUGCCACUACGUAGUCGACGCUGCCCUUUCCCACUGGCAGUCACAACAAAGAUUGCUGGGUUUGACGUCCCUGUACCGCGCCGAUAUGUCGACCCACACAGCAGAGCAUACGAAGUCAGAAACGAGUUCAAAAAAUUUGGCCCGCUUCUCAAAGGCGACGUUUGGCUCGAGCAAUCAAGCUUCGUGCUAAAUAUAGAAAACGCGCAUGGUCAGCAGCACGUUGCGAUGAAAUUUUGCCAAGUCUUUGAAGAAAACGACGAGGAAUGGCCAUUUGUUCUCAACUUUAUACGCGAUUAUGAUGCAGCCGGGCGACACCCUUUUAAUUGGAACAAUCGAGGGCCCCCAGGCGAUCCUUCUGCAGGUUUCCUAUACGCCAGGGAAUUCAUGCAGGAGAGGUUCAACAGAAAGCAGAUGAAAAAGCUCUAUCGAUCUGGAUAUCUCAAGAGGGAAAACCGGCCGUUGAAGAUACCAGAAGCUUGGCCAGAUUCCGAUUGGUAG